AUGGAUAUGUCCGCCACCACCACUGCUGCAGCUGCAGCUGCUACCAGCAGUGCUGCAUCUAUGAGCAUGGGCAGCAACAGCUGCCAGAUCUCUGUGGGCUCUCUCCCGUUCCAUAUGCUGUGGAACUGGCACACUAUCGACGCCUGCUUCGUCUCCGAGUCCUGGCAUAUCACCUCGCGUGGCAUGUUUGCCGGCUCCUGCAUCGGCGUCAUCUGUCUCGUCAUGAGCCUGGAGAUGCUGCGUCGGGCUGUCAAGGAGUUCGACCGCUUCAUCGUGAGGCGUCACCAUGCUGCCCUAACGGCCGCCAGCCCCAAGCAUGGAAGACCGGCUUGCGAUCCCGUCCUCGCUUCCGGCUUCCGGCCCACCAUCUUUGAGCAGGCCGUGCGUGCGCUCUUGCAUAUGCUCCAAUUUGCAGUGGCAUAUUUUGUCAUGCUGCUUGCCAUGUACUACAAUGGCUACGUUAUCAUAUGUAUCUUCAUCGGCUCCUACCUCGGUAGUUUUAUCUUCCAGUGGGAAGUCCUUGGCGGUGUAAGCUCCGUUGGGAGGGAAUUAGCUGCUCUGAAGUCGUCGACCGCACCUUUCGUCACCGUCACUCAGAAUGUCAACGUCAGUGCUCGGUAUUGCGAGCCUGAAGUCGAGGUUCCCGGCCGCGAGAAUUCCAUCCAGGUCCUCGUUCACGGCAUCACUUACAGCAAAGUUUAUUGGUCCGCACUUGGUUUUCCUGGCUACCAGCCGCAGAACUAUUCAUGGGUAGACUUCGCCUCCAAGAACGGAUAUGCUACCCUGGCCAUCGACAGACCUGGAAAUGGAAACUCUAGUACCCCAAACCCGUUUACAGAGGCUCAGAUUCCCUUCUUCGCUUCUAUGCUUCGAGACAUUGCAGAUGGACUAAGAUCAGAGAAGUGGCUUUCUCAUUCCUUCGACAAACUCAUAUAUGUUGGCCAUUCAUUAGGCUCAGUGAUUGGCAACGCCAUCGCGGUAACAUAUCCCGACAGUUAUGACGCCAUGGUUCUGACGGGAUUUUCCAAAGAAGUCGCUUCAGUUCUCGUCAGCAUGGGGAUAACAGUACCGGCUGCUACGUUCAAUUCCAAAUUUGCAGACCGCAGCACUGGCUACAUUGUUACCUCCAGCGAAGAGGGCCGGCGAAACUUUAUGUAUGGCACAAAUGAUACAUACGACCUUGCAAUCACUGGUCGUGAUUACAACCAACAGGGUGUCACUGCCAUUGCUGAACUAGCAACAAUUACGUUCCCGGUAGCUUCGAAUUUCACCGGAGCUGUCACUGUCGUGACCGGCCAGCAGGAUGUAGCGUUCUGUUACGGAAACUCGACCAUUUUGGGAGACUGUGGCCAGGGAGACUCAUCUUUGCCUGCUCAGGCACAGACUCUUUUCCCGAACGCUUCGUCUUUCGCUUAUUAUGUCCCGGAGCAAAUGGGACACGAUCUCAACUUGCACUACAAGGCACGUGACGUCUUCAAGUAUGUUCACGACUGGCUUGCAAAAACCGCGUUCUGA